AAGAAAUGCACUAUUAAAUAAUCCAAGGAUUCUUCUGCACUCUGUUUAGUUCUUAUAUUUUUAAUAAUAAGCUGACCAUCCUUGGAGAAGCCCAUCCCAGACGUAAACAGCUGCUCUCACCCAUCUCCAACCUCCAUUUUCUUUUCUUUUUAUUCACACUUCCUUCGUAUCUUGUUGAAAUUCAGAGCCUCGGGUCCCAAUAAUCGUAUCAGUAUUUUCAUGGCUCUCCACUUACUACCCAUUUCUAUUUUAUUCAUUUUUAUCUCUCUUCUAUUCCCAGUUUCUCUUUCCAUUCCUUUCAUAGUACUACAUGGUAUUGGAGAUCAAUGCUCCAAUCGAGGAGUGAAUGAGUUCACCAAGAAACUCAGCAAAUUCGCUGGUGUUAAAGGAUAUUGCAUAGAAGUUGGGGAUGGAAAAUGGGAUUCCUGGUUUAAGCCUCUUGAGGAACAGACUCAAAUUGUUUGUGACAAGGUGAAGAAAAUGAAAGAACUGAGAGAAGGUUAUAACAUAGUUGGUCAGUCCCAGGGUAACUUAAUAGCUCGCGGUGUAAUUGAGUUCUGCGAUGGUGGUCCUCUAGUUAAAAAUUAUAUCUCCUUAGGAGGUCCUCAUGCUGGUACUGCAUCUGUGCCACUUUGUGGUUCUGGUAUUUUUUGCAUAAUUGCAGACACCCUGAUCAAGUCAGAGAUCUACAGCGACUAUGUCCAAGCCCAUUUGGCUCCCAGUGGAUAUCUUAAAUUUCCAAAUGAUAUGUCCAAAUAUUUGAGUAAAUGCAAGUUUCUUCCAAAGCUUAACAAUGAACACCCUGAUAAGAGGAACUCCACUUACAAGGAACGGUUCAGCAGCCUACAGAAUUUGGUGCUUAUAAUGUUUGAAGAUGACAAGGUUUUGAUACCCAAGGAAACCUCCUGGUUCGGAUAUUACCCUUGUGGAGGCUUCAAACCAGUUCUACCUCCUCAAAAGACAAAACUUUACACUGAAGAUUGGAUCGGCCUGAAAAGCUUAGAUGACACUGGAAGAGUGAAGUACAUCAGUGUGGCCGGAGGUCACCUCGGCAUCUCAGAAGCUGAUAUCAAGAAGCAUGUAGUGCCUUAUUUGAAGGAUCAGGCACUGGUGAGAACGAGUUAGCAUCCGCUGAACUGGUGCUGGAUGGAUCCUCCUUAUAUGGGUGGCCUUCAGUAAAGAGCUCAUGUAUAUGUUGAUUGAUGAAAAUCAUCUUAAAUAUAUUUGCUCUUACAAAGAAGCCUAUGCUGUCUGUUGUUUGAUACAGAAGUAAUUGUAUAUUAAUUACAUUUUAUUUGUACCAAGUUCUAUCGUGUUAGUGCAUGAGAGAUGUUAUGUCCA